GACGCCUCUCUCUCUCACUCUGCCCUGAUCGCACUGCUGUAAGCACGUCUGUGAGAAAAGCAUAGUCUGUUCGAGUCGGGCUGCCUGGCUACAUCGCAUCGUUAAAACCUUGGUUAGAGGACAGGAGAAGAUAUAGCGGCUACUAAAUAUGGUCGGGAUGAGAGCUCUGGUUUGCCUUCUGGUGCCAGCCCUCGUACUGGUCGGCUCAUCGAUGCAGGUGGAAGUGAAAGGUGCGAAAGAGGGAGAAAAAACUGGGAAUUUCAUGGAAGAUAAGCAAUGGCUAUCAACCAUUUCUCAGUACAGCCGGAAGAUCAAACACUGGAAUCGCUUCAGAGACGAAGUUGAGGAUGAUUACAUCAGGACUGUGGAGGAAACCCCAGGCUCUGAUGAAACUGUGGACACCACCAAGGAUCCGUGCCAGAAGGUGAAGUGUAGCCGCCACAAGAUCUGUGUUGCCCAGGGUUACCAGAGAGCCAUGUGUGUCAAUGUCAACCGGAAGAAGCUGGAGCACAGAAGCAGACAGCCUGUAGAGCUGAAGCCUCCGGAGAACACCUGUAAGCCUUGCCCUGUGGCUGCUGCCUCCUCUGUGUGUGGUACAGACAGCCACAACUAUGCCUCUCAGUGUAAGUUGGAGCAGCAGGGCUGUCUAACAGGGAAGGAGCUGAGUGUUAAAUGCCAGGGCAUGUGUCCCUGUGUCACCGCUGCCGCCCCCAUCACAGAGACCGAGGACAAACACGCGGAGAGCUGUACUGGACAGGACCUGGCAGACCUUGGAGACCGCCUCAGAGACUGGUUCCAACUGCUCCAUGGAAACGCCAAGCAGAACAACUCAGGCAAGCCUGGACCUGGUACCACCUCUGUCCUGGACAGGAGCCUGGUGGCCAGCUGUAAAGAUUCCAUAGGCUGGAUGUUCUCUAAGCUGGACACUAAUAACGAUCUGUAUCUGGACCAGGGGGAGCUGGCAGCUAUCAACCUGGACAAGUAUGAGGUGUGCAUCCGGCCCUUCUUCAACUCCUGUGACAGCUACAAGGAUGGGAAGGUAUCCACCGCAGAAUGGUGCCUCUGCUUCUGGAGGGAAAAGCCCGCUUGUCUGGCUGAACUAGAGAGGAUCCAGGUUCAAGAAGUGGCCAAGAAGAAGCCUGGCAUGUAUAUCCCCAGCUGCGAUGAGGACGGCUACUACAGACAGCUGCAGUGUGACCAUAGCAGGGGAGAGUGUUGGUGUGUCGACCAGCACGGAGGAGAAAUGAUGGGCUCCAGAAUCCAUGGCAACCCUGACUGUGAUGAGCUGGUGGGAUAUUCUGGAGGUUUUGGGAGUGGCGUGGGAUGGGAGGAUGAGGAGGAGAAGGAGGCGGAGGAGAACGGAGAAGAGGCGGAGGAGGAGGAAGAGGGGGAGGCAGACGACGGAGGAUACAUCUGGUAGAACUGAACACAAACGGAGAGCCUGGUCGCGACGAAUCCACUGGCCUACAACUGCAGGGAUGAUGGCUGAGGCGGCAUCCCAAAUGGCACCCUAUUCCCUAUAUAGUGCACUACUUUAGACCAGGGCUCAUAGGGACGCCCAUAGGACCCCCUGGUCAAAAGGUAGUGCACUAUAUAGGGAAUAGGGUGCCAUUUGGGACGCAAGCAUCUUUCUCUCCGAACAGAAAAAGAUUUGGGGAUUUCGGGGCGGGUUAUGGAAUUCUGUCUGUAUUGUCCCCUGUGGAUAUGGGGAGUGGGAGGUGAGGGGUGAGGGGUGAGGGGCCCACGGUACAGUGGUGAGAUUGCUAGUUUUUGUCUUAAAUAUGUGAAUUAUUGCUUCAUUCUUUUCUGUUUUGUGAGCAAGAGAGCGUCCUGUUUCGCGGUUUCUGAAGAACAGCAUCUAGCGACAUCAUAGAGUACUAUCGUCGGGUAAUCUAUCUGUCCAUCAACUGUUACUGUCAGAAACGCAUCUAAAUUAUACAUUUAUUUUCCACUGUGAACAAUUGCUUGGAUAUUGAAAUCACAGUUCUGCUAAAAUGGAACAGAUUGAGUGGAAAAUGGUUCAGUACGUGGUUAUGUUGCCAAAAUCAGAGUUGCUGCGUAUAUAAAUCCUGUAGCAAUGAUCUAUGAAGCGAAACAACAAGACUAGCGGGAAGAAAUGGCACCUUAUUCCCUUGAUAGUGCACUACUUUUGAUGAGGGCCCAUAAAGCUUUGGUCUAAAGUCGUGCACUAUGCAGGGAUUAGGGUGCCAUUUGGGAUGAAUCCUCUCUUUAGGGGGUGAUUCCACCACUGAGAGAAAUUGUUAUUUUCUCUUAAUCGUUUCUUACGAAGCAUAUUUCUCAUUUAGAUUUUGACAAAAUGUCGUCAAAAGUAAUGUUACUCAUUGGAUAAUUAGUCAAAAUAGUCAAUGUGUUUCCUGAAUUAUGUAGAUAAAUACAGUACUUAGAAACAGGGUUGUUAUUAAGGAAGGUUUUGUGCUACUAUAUUACUAAAGGUAUACUGAUGUACACGGCUCUCGGCUCUCUAUAAACCUUUAAAAUAUUAUGUCGAUUAACAUAGACACAAUGACUACUAAUAUCUCUCAUGAAACUGCUAAGGGACCUUUGUUACCUAUUGUAUUAUUUAAACUCAGAACUUGUAGAAUGUAUAUUACUUGUCCCAACAACCAACACCACCAAGGUUACGUCCCAAAUGGCACCCUUAUUCCCUAUAUAAUGCACUACUUUAGACCAGGGCCCAUAUGACUCUGGUCAAAAGUAGUGCACUAUAUAGAGAAUAGUCUGCCAUAUAGGGAAUAGUCUACCAUUUGGGACGCCGACACUACCUUACCUAUGGAACUUUGUAAAUCACUUCAAAGAAUGUGUCAGUCAAUGUUCUAUUCUCAGUCUGCUACUUACAUCUUUAUUUUGGUGUUUAUAAAACGAUGUGUAUGCUACUUGAAGUUCUGCGUGUAUACUUGAAUUUUCACUGUUAGAUUGUUUUCCAUGAGUAUAUUGUUACCAUGUGUUUUCAUCAUUACCCCCAUCACUUUAGUUGUUUUUAGUAUUUGCACGUUAUAGUGAACAUGAAUGUACCUCUAGGCUGAGCACUUUACUAUUAAAGGCAUUGGGCCCAAAACCUCUA